AUGAGUAUAUGGUAUGCUUUUGGUAAUCUUGUUGGAUAUGGUGUAGAGUUUUCUAUCAAUACAGCUGCUGGACGUUUAUUAACUGCUGGUAUAUAUAUCUUAGGUUUAAUAUUAGUAGCAUCAUAUACUGCAAAUUUGGCAUCUGAACUGACAAUAGCAAAAUCAAAAGAUAUUAUUUCUGGAAUUGAUGAUAUUAAAAAUGGAAAAAUACCAUUUGAUCGUAUCGGUAUUCGUGUAGGUACUGCUGGUGAAGAUUAUUAUUUAAGAGAAAUAUCUGGAGGCAACCCAAAUUAUCAUAAAUUAUACUCUCGAGACGAGUUAUAUAAUAGUCUACUCGCACGUCGUAUUGACAUAUCUUUUAUAAAUAGUGGUACUGGUGAAUAUGUCACGAAUAAUAUUUAUUGUAAUUUAACUUUAACUGGAACUGAAUUUGAAAAAGGUGUGUUUGGUAUUGUUACUCCUCGUGAAUGGUUAUAUGCACAAGAUUUAGAUGUCAAUAUUCUAGCAUUAAGAGAAUCAGGUGAUAUUGAGAAUUUAAGACAAAAAUGGUUUGGAGUACAGAAUUGUCCGGACUCAUUUGAAGAAUCGACUGCAAUUGGAAUUUCAGCACUAAGUGGAUUAUUUUUGGUUUUUGGAGUGAUUGUUAUUUUAUCAUUAUUAUUAUUUGCAUGGACAAAACGACAUAAUAUAAAAAAUUGUUUAUUUAUAUUGAUACAUCGAAAAAAAUCUUCAGCCGAAACAGAAGACUCUAUGAAAAGACGCUCAAGCACAAAUUCUGAACAUUUACAAAAUCAUCAAAUAGAGUCGCAGGAUACUGUAUAUUUUUAA